AUGGCCCAAUACGUCCCACUCAAGAAGCCGGUACAUCAGCGCCCGGUGUCGUCGCAUGUUAGCGCUGGCACGAAGAAAGAAUGGGGGGUUCCGGUAGCCUUGGUCGGGAUGAUCCGUGACCAGCUCACGGUUUCUUCAUGGCUUGCCUUGGGUGGCUGUCUGCAAUGCCUGCUUUUCCUUGUCGGGGGCCGCAUCGCAUUCGUGCCGCCCUUCUUCCUCCUCUUCUACCGCGUCGUUGACGCCGCUCUCAUGACGAAAGGCUGGAAGGCGAAUCCGGCAGUGGAAGACGUAAUCUAUAAUAAGUUCGCCAUUCACUACCCAGACGCCGAAGGCAAGUACGGUGGCAAGACCGCCAACAAGGACAUUGUCGUCUUCCACAUCGGUGCAAGGAACUUUCAUCCUAUGGGAAUGUUUGCACCCGGUUUCAAGGGGAUUGGCGACUUUUUCGACGGAAUGGUCAAGGACGCUGAGAAGCGCUCAGAGGAGUACGGCCUCAUGGGAGUAACAAGCUACAACGUCGUUGGCGAGUCAUCAACCAGCAGUGAGACCAUGACGGUCAUGUUCUUUGAGAACCUUGAGGGUCUUCACAAGUUCGCUCAUGAUCCUUUGCACCGCGAAGCUUGGAACUGGUGGAACAAGAACCUGGAUAAGUUGAAGCACAUCAGCAUCUGGCACGAGGUAUUCCGCUGCCCGGCCGGCAACUGGGAGGGCAUCUACGUCAACUCGCAUCCUCGCGGUCUUGCUGCAACAACGGUCCCGCUUACGCUGGAGAAGGACAACGAGGCUCUGGGCGUCAAGGCCGGCGAGAAGGUGCACUGCUAUCCUAUCGUUGAUGCCCGCAGAGGCCCCCUGAAGACCAGUGCGGGCCGCCUAUCAGCCACCGGUUCAGACGCCAAAGAGCAUGAGAAGUAUAGCGAUGACCCGUAUGAGAACUAUGGCCGUUUGAAUGCGGUUUGA